GACAGUGCUAGCAAACACAAGCCGCGUCGUUUUCCGAGUUUUCUCAGAGAGAGAGCCACUGCCGUCGGCCGUAGACUCCAUUCCUCUCAUUCUUAACAUUCCAUAAUGCCGAGGUUGAAUACGAUGUCAAACUCUUGUUUGUUAGCAGAAGAGUGUUGUGGAAUUUGAUAAUUUUCUGGGUGAAAUCUGUCGGUGUUUAGUUUUCCUAUUCAUUCCUUCCUUCUACUUGCCUGUACAAAACAGAGGGUGAGACGGCACCUCAACUUCCGCCAUGGACGGUGUGGAUUCUCCGUUAGAAGUACUGUCCUUAGCUGCCACUAUGGUUCAAGGAAGCUGCCUGCCUCCUUCGUACGAGGAGGCCCGCAAGGCCCUGCCGUCGGUGCGGUGGAGGCGCGACCGGCGCGCCAGGGACGCCCUGCCCGACUACGCCACGGCCAGCCAGACCGCCCAGGCCAGGGAGUGCCAAGGCCAAGGAGGCGCGGACGGCCCGCUGGACAUGUCCACCCGCAGCCGCCAGUCCCCGCGCAACGCGGAGCGGGCGGAGCGUACCCGCACGGCCACGGCGGCCAGGGCCAAGGGCCUGAAGGGCGCCCUGGCAGCCCCCGCCGCCCCCGCCACCCCCGCCACGCCCCCACCGGGACGAGGAUCGCCGCCCUCCUACUCGGAGGCCAUCUCCAAGCCCGGAUACCGCCUCUCCGUACCCCUGGCCAGACCAUCAGUUAUUACAUGCGCGCCCUCAAGCCCAACACUGACAAAGGACUCGGAGAAGUCGGAAAAAUGUUUGAGUGACUCAACGUUAGAAGCUGGGGAUGGAAUGUGUGAUCCAGUCAUUGAUGAACACUUCCGAAGGUCUCUUGGCAAAGACUACCUCACCCUCUUUGCAAAGAAAACUUCGUCUUCCAAAGCCGGUAACGACAAAGAAAAGAGUGACAGCAACGGGCUCUCCAUAACUGGAUUAUCGGUUGAUGAUCACUUUGCCAAAGCAUUAGGAGACACCUGGCUGAAACUUCAGGCAGAAUCAUCAGCACCAUCUCGAACCAUCCCCACUGUUCCUUCAAAGUCAACACCAAAAUCUAAAGAAGCUUCCAAUACCACCAUUCCUAGACCGAGGCAAGGACUUGUUACCAUUUAAACUGAUCAGUUUCUGUUGCUUUUUAAACUUAAUUACGUAUUCUUUGUUUCGAUAAUGCUGUGGUGCUGUGUUGAGAACAUCAUCUGCAACAUGCGCAUGUUCUUCUGUUAAUUAAGGUUUUAGCAAUUACUUGAACCUCAGUGGUACACACCAUUUUUCAGUUUGAUAAAUCAUGGGAUCGGCUUGUUUUUCACUUGUGUGGAAGGAAUUGAAAGCAUUUUGCUUUAGACUGCAACACUUGAAGUUCUUUGCUCUCAAUCAGAAAGGUGUUUGUCAUGGUGUUAGUCAGAGUGCUGCAUACUCGUAGUUUUGUGGCGGUAGCAAUAAUGUCAAGGAAGUGUAACAUUCCUUACCGUACUGAUAAGGUCGUAGGCAUAAUAUUUGAGGAAAAUAGCUGAAAAAUUGUUUGAGGUGAGCCUAAAUUAGUUGCAGUUGUAAUCUUAUACAAUUUCUUUUAAAAUUGUAAAUAAGGCAACUAAGGUUUUAUUUUUUGGGACUUAGUUCACAUGUCCAGUAAAUCUUGUUUUUUUAUAGCCCUAUGCACUGGUGUUGGAAAAUAUUCUUCAUUAUUUCCAAAGUUUCUUUGCUGUUGACCCUCUGAUGGGAAUGUCUAGUUGUAUUGCAUCAAGUCUUCAAUUUCUGUCCCCUUGUUAAUCUCCCCCUUCUCUUUUGUGUAGGUAAUAUUUUUUUUAAAUUACUAUUUAUGUUAGUGAGUUGAGAAAGUUCCUCUUGUGCUUUUUUUGUUUGUUCUACUAGUUUGUAAAUAUUUUUAUUGUUUCUCCCAGAGAGAGUGUUUUUUGUGUAAUAAGACUGUUUCUUUUCUCCUCUUCUUUGUUAUUGCUCUCCAAAAUUAUGUAUAUCUAUGUGUGAUUAUUUUCUCUCUCUCCUCCCUUUUUUUCGCUAUGAAAUAAUCCAGAUGGAUUAGCUUCUUUCUUCUGUACCAGUGAUUUUAGAGCAAAUAACAGUAUCAUUGUGUCGUGACGUCAUGGUUGUGAGAUAUUCAGGAAUCAAACAUGCAAAUCAAAGUAUUUUCAUGCCAUUUUGUUCCUCUCCUUUUAUUAUUACAUGAUGUGACCAUUAUUUUUGGUAGGUAUCUUAUGUUCCUGUUGUUAACAGACUGAGACAAUUAGGAAUUACUUUUAACACAUUGAAAUGAAAUGAUACACUCAUGAUAAAGAUAGUUAUUUAAAAAUGAGUUCUGUUGAAGAAUGCUCCCACUAAAACUUUUUUGGGGAAUGUCCUCCUAGCAUUUGUAGGUAUUUUUUUUUUUAAGUUAUGUUGGGCCCAAAUUUAUAGGCAAAACCCCUUUGUUUGCCUGUACUAUUAUUUAUUUACUUACAAAUUAACUGUGUACCUUUUUAUAUAAAGUAAUAGAAGAUUCAGAUGUUCAAUAUUGUACCAAAUCAUGAAGUUACAGGUGUGACAAUCUACUGUAUUUUAUUUGUUAUUGCAAUUACUGUAUGUAAACUUAAUGCAAUUAAGCGGACUCACUUUUCUUCUGUACCUAUCUAUAGUACACAAACUCAAAAUAAUACGUGAAAUUUAUUAAUGCACCUGGGUUCAUGGAGCCGUUUUAAUUUCUCUCCAAUUUUACCUUUGGGGUACCCUUUCUAAGUUAUUGUACUGGUUGUGGCCACAAUUUUGUAUCAUGACUCAUUGUUUUUGGGAAAGCAAUAAAUAGAUGAUACAUUACUCAGGUUUUAGCUCCAUAAUAAAUUCAAAUUAAACUAAA